UUUUCCCAUAAAUGACCACGAGACUUGACAGAUCAGAAGAUAAAAUAAGUUGAUUAUCUAGUAAUUGUGUCUGCUGGCAUCGGGAUUUGUUUUCAAUUAGACCUCGACAAGGGAGGAGGAAGUCGUCGCUAUGGUCUUCUAUUUCACCAGCACUGCUGCAGACCCACCGGUCACCCUGUUCAUGGGAUUAGAUAAAUAUGAAAAUGAAGACCUGAUUAAGUGGGGUUGGCCUGAAGAUGUGUGGUUUCAUGUCGAUAAAGUCUCCUCAGCCCACGUGUAUCUCAGACUAAACCCAGGUCAGACGAUUGAUGAUAUACCUAUGUCUGUAAUUGAAGAUGCUGCUCAGCUAUGUAAGGCGAAUAGCAUCCAGGGAAAUAAAAUGAAUAAUGUUGAUGUGUUUUACACCCUGUGGUCAAAUUUAAGAAAAACGGCCGGAAUGGAUGUUGGACAAGUUGGAUUUCAUAGUGAUAAGGAGGUACGUAAAAUUCGUUUAGAAAAGAGAAUAAAUGAAAUAGUGAAUCGGUUAAAUAAGACCAAAACAGAAGCCCAUCCAGACUUCAGAUUGGAAAGAGAAGAUCGUGAUAAAAAAGAAAGAAACUUGAACAAAAAGGAAGCUAAAGAAAGGCAACAGAAAGAAAAAGAAGAACUAGAAAAGAGAAAAAAGGAAGCAGAACUUAAGAGCUACAGUUCUCUGUUUUCUGAAGAAAAUAUGAAGACUAACAAGCAGGCUGCAGAUGAAGAUUCAGAUGACUUUAUGUAAACUAUGACGAUGAUCAUCCAAUAACUUCGUGUUGUGAUACUUAACAUAAUUAAGUUGCAGAUACUCUUGUGAAAGACAUAUCUAGAGUUAUAUUAAUAACCUGUACCUUAUUGCUUUGAUAAAUAUAUGAUUUUAAUAUUUAA